AGUCGUUUCUUUAUAUAUAGAAGUAUUUAAAUUAUUUUUUAGAACACUUCGACUUAAAAUGUUCUUUAGCGCGGAACAAAUUGUGAUAAUAGCGGUCAGUUCCGCAAUAUUCUCUCUUUCGAUACUUGGAAAUUUCUUAGUAAUUUUGACUCUCUGGAAGCAUAAAGGUAUGCGAACGGUCACAAAUGUCUAUUUACUCAAUAUAUCAUUGACGGAUUUGUUGCUCACUAUAUUCUGCCUUCCUUUUACCGUCAUAGGCUCCAUUAUUAAGAAUUUCAUAUUCGGGGCGGCACUCUGUAGGAUCCUACCAUUUUUACAAGCUACUUCUGUGAGUGCUAACAUGUGGACAUUGGUAGCGUUAUCUCUAGAACGGUAUUUUGCUAUUAAACACCCACUCAAAUCCAAAAAAUGGCAGACCACUCAACGUGCACUUAAAGUUAACAUAAUGGUGUGGAUUUUCUCGGGAUUGGUCAUGAGUCCACUAAUUUACAUCAAUCGUUUGGUGAAUAUUAACUAUUACAACCUUCAGGAAAUGAUUGUCAGUAAUGAUCGAAAUAAUACGAUUUUUAUAAAUAAUUCACCGAAUUCAUUGGAUACACUAAUUAAAUCACAGCCUCAAACAGUGAUGGAUUCGAAAUUUGAAAUAUUAGUGCUCUACCUACUCUCCAAUCGUUCCCACUUUGAUGGUCCAUAUAUCACAAAGAAGGUUAUUAAACAACCAUAUAGCAAACGAUCGACUAUUGCUUGCAGAGAACUGUGGUUCAAUACGUCUAGAGCCAUCAUUUUUAAUUGGUUCAUCAAUAUAUUUUUAUUCAUAAUACCCCUAAUACUCAUGUCCAUAGCUUAUUACAACCUUGCAUAUUGUUUAACAAAAGUUAAUAGACGAGAUACUACUCUUAUUAGAAAUUCUCCUUCCCCAAAAGUUUCCCAAAGUUUCUUCACAGAUUUAAAUGUUGGUUUAAAUAUAUACAGAAAAAAACCUAAAAAUUUGAAAAUACCAAGUGAGGGCAAAGGCAAUGAUUCAGUUACUAUAAAUUUGAAUAAAUCCAAAGAUACUUUGCUUUCAAUAUCUCAUAACUCCGAACCUAAUCAAAAUAGGAAACUCAUUGAGAGUGACAAACCCGUUACACCUUUAUUGCAAUCUAAUAUUUAUGACAAGGUAUUUUUUGAUGAGAACGUAUUUGGCAUCUUGUAUCCAUUAUAUUCCCAUUUUAAGUCAGAUGGGGAUAUAACAUCUUUUAAUAUAAGUUACGAAGGUAAAAUGAAACCUAGAUCAUCACCUAAAAAAGGAAAAUCUAGAAAAAGGCAACAAAAUACAAUGCACAUUCAUUCAUUGAAAAGUAAUUCUAGCGUUUCAUCCUCCAAUCCAUCGGCUCACAUAAAUUCAUACGGCUCAAACAAUAAUUCGGGCUACAUAAUGGAUACAAAACUUCUUAAGAUUAUCAGAAUGUUGAUUGUGAUAGUCUUGGAAUUUUUUAUAUGCUGGACUCCACUUUAUCUGAUCAAUACCUGGGUCACUCAUGAUUCCUUAUCCUUUUACUUUGGCGCGGGCUAUUAUUUAUCGCGACAUGCCUAUAUAAUUCACCUUCUAGCAUACCUUUCAUGCUGUUUAAACCCUAUCACCUACUGCUUCAUGAAUCGCAGACGAAUCCGAAAGAAGGUUAAAAAAAAUUACCUGAAACAUUAGCAUAAUGCAUCUCCUGUAUUCGUGUGUCGUUUUGAUGGUUCCAUUCUCGACCCAUUUCUUAAGAGUUCCCAGGUCGAUGGGAUAAUGCACUAUGGAGGAAUAAAAAGGAGCUAUGGCAUCGGUUAUAGGGUGGAAGAAAUUAUCCGACCAGUUAUGACUGCAUACCCGGUUAUGCAAGAGCAUUAUAGAUUUUUUCCAUAUCUUGUGUUCAGGGGUACUUAGUUCCGGUCUG